AUGGCAACGUUGCGCCUGAGUAGCGUCGUGUGGACUGCGACGAAACUUCCGUUCCAGAAUGUGAUCAAAAUACAGCGGUCAAGUUUCGUUCGCCGAUUGGCAACGGGAGCUGCGCCUAAAAAACCAACCAGUACGUUAGGUUUAGCACUGAAAGGUGUUGCAGUGGGUGCCCUUGUGGGUACGGGAUGGUCCGGAUACAGUUUCUUUAAGGGUGGACCCACUGAUCACAUGCUGCAUGAGCAUGUAGGGCCUAAGCUGUUAGAUAAAAAGCCAGAUGUGAAGAUUAUGCGAAAGGUGGUUAACCCGAAGGAUGAUUCCGAUUUGGAUUUGGUGUUGUUCCAGUUUCAAACCUGCCCGUUUUGCUGCAAAGUACGCGCUUUUCUCGAUCAUAGCGGACUCUCGUAUUCGGUGGUAGAAGUUGACGCGGUACUUCGUCAGGAUAUUCGCUGGUCGGACAGUAAAAAAGUACCAAUUUUGCUAGCCAAAACAAAAGCCGGCAAAUACGUGCAACUUACGGACUCGAGCAUGAUUGUUUCUUCAAUAUCAAGUUUCCUAAGGGACAAGAAGCAGGACAUUGGUGAACUGGCGAAAUACUACCCUUCAAUUUCGUAUGAAAACGACGCGGGUAGCAAGGUGUUCGAUAUAAUGAACAAAUAUUUCCUCAUGUUCCAAGAGAAGAACGUUGACAAGCGCUCCAAGGAAGAACAAGAAGAGGAACGUAAAUGGCGUGCAUGGGCCGAUGAUCAUUUGGUGCACUUGAUUUCACCUAACGUUUAUCGCACGAAGGACGAAGCAUUGGAAACAUUUGAAUGGUUUUCGGAAGUUGGCGAUUGGAGCGUUCACUUUCCAAAGUGGGAGCGGGAUCUGAUGGUUUACGUUGGAGCAUUCGCAAUGUGGGGCAUCAGUAAACGGUUGAAAAAGCGUCAUCAGCUCAGUGAUGAUGUCCGUUCGCACAUAUAUGAUGCGUGCGAUCGAUGGAUCAGAGAGGUGGAAAAAAAGAAAACCACCUUUCUUGGAGGAUCACAACCGAACCUUGCUGAUCUGGCAGUGUUUGGCGUUUUGAACAGCAUGGAAGGUUGUCAGGCUUUUAAGGAUUGCCUGGAUAAUACCAAGAUUGGGCCAUGGUUUUAUGCGGUAAAAGAACAGGUGCUUAAAAAUCGCGGUAAAGUAUUGUAA